UAUCACGGUACGGAAGACGCAACUUUCCGUCGUCCGCCGUAAGCGAAUCAACCUAUAAAUACAGCCUAAUGGCAACUCCACCGCCUCCGAAUGUGUGAGCAGCGGGGGGCGGUUGUUCGGGUGAGCCUCUUACCAGACGAAACUUCACGGGUUCCUCAAAAUCCUUUUCCGUUUUCAGGCGACUGACAGGAGAUAGUUGCGUUUGGCCGACUGAGGGGAGUAGUUCUUCUUACGAGGGUUUUCAUUUCAAGUCUGGUUGUAGCCACUGUAUCUGAAGUUUAUAAGCAGAUAAGCACGGUAUUCCAAGGGAGCAGAGGUAGAUCUUCUUCCUAGGCCGUCUUUGAAUAUUCCAUCCAUUCCAGAGAAGGGAAGUGUUUCUUGAGGCAGUUUUUGGUUCCGUAGUGGGUGACUAUUUUGAGAUGCAGAAACUUGGGAUUUCCAGUUUGAAAAGUUUCGAUCAACUUCGAUCCUUGAGUGGAUCCGUGGCCGGUAUAGCAAAAACCCCUCAGAUGGCAACUAUGAGGCCUUCAUUGGAUUCUCUGUCACAUGGAAGUUUCACGACUCUAAAGUUGACGGCAGACAAGCUGGUUAAAGAACAAGCUUCAGUGAAAACCGACCUUGAAUUGGCGCAUACAAAACUGAGGAAAGCAACAGAGCAGAUACAUGUUCUAGAGGCCAAUCUACAGGAAGCGGUUAAUGAAAAUGCAAUGCUUAAGGUGAAGCAGAUGGAGGAUGCCAAACUCUGGAAUGGAUUAGAUACAAAAUUAUCUUCAACUAAGGCAUUUUGUGAUCAGUUGAGUGAUGCAGUACUGAAAUUAGCUGAUCAGACUGAUACAGCUGAGCAAGACAAGAAGUUGACUGAGGAAAAGCUUUUGGAGAAUGCUAAAUCUUUUGAUAACUUCAAGUUGCAGUUUGAUGAUUUAUCCGCAAAACUCCAAUGUGCAGACAACAAAAUAAAAUCUGGAAAACAAGAAAUUUGCAAACUUAUACAUGAGAAGGAGGAAGCAGAAAAUCGCUUCAAGGUUGAACUUUGUAUUGCUGAUGAAGUAAUAAAAGGAAAAGGCUCUACAAUCAAGGAGUUAGAAGAUGCAGUUGAACAAAGUAAACAGCACAUGGACACUCUUCAUUCUCAGCUACAGGCUAUGCAACAUGAGCUCAUUUCUAAAGAAGGAAUCCUUAGGACCUUGAAUUUUACCAAGGAUGAUUUGGAGAGGGAGAACAAUAUGUUGCAGUGCAAUAACCAAGCUUUGAAGCAGCAGAUAGGGAACUCAUGCUUAGAAAUCAAGAAUCUUGAAGAAAUUAUCCAUAAUUUGAUGAUUAAAAUAUCCCAACUGGAUAAGGAUUCUUCGGCCAUAUCAAAUAAUGUUGUAAAGUUGAUCUCUUCCUUCAAAACAUACUAUGAGCUGAUACACCAGGAGAAGAUUUUGACUGCUAAGUGUAAUCAAGGAAAACUUGAUAAACUACAACAACAAUUGUUGAAUAUCAUGGAAGAAAAUAAUUCCCUUAAAUUGCUCAAUGACCAGCUAACUAAUAGGAUCAUUGAGAUGCAGAAAGCGCAGGAGUUUGUUAUGGUGCAACAUGCUGAUGAAUGUCGCUUAGCUGAAGAUAAAGCACGCAAGUUGGAAUCUGAAGUUGGUGGACUUCUUUUAAAGAAAAAUGAACUGGAAAAGCUGGCCACUGAACUAGAAGGCAAAGUUAAACAUUUAUCAGAAGUUUCUUGUGUUGCCGAGAACAGAAUGCAAGAGCUGUCGCAGAUAAUUUCUAAGCUUGAGUUGGGGAAUCACAAUACUGAAUGUAGGAUGCAACGUCAGUUACAAGAGAAGGUUGAAGAAACAGAAGCAUUGCAUAAUGAGAUAAUAAAACAUGAAAAGCAUGCAGACUCACUAGGAAAUAAAAUCAGCGAGCUUCGUGGUGUUUUGGAUGAGAAGGAAAAGCUUAUAAUUAGUUUCAAAGAAAGAGAAAAACAGAAGGAAGAACAACAAUCUAAGGUCCAGAUAGCACUUACUGCAGCAGAGUGUAAACUCGCUGAAGCAAAAAAGCAGUAUGACAUGAUGUUUGAAGGCAAACAGGUUGAAUUAUCUAAGCAUUUGAAGGAACUUUACCAGAAAAAUGAUCAGGCUAUCAAUGAGAUAAGAAAGAAGUACGAGGCUGAGAAGGAGGUGAUUGUUGCUGAGGAAAAAGAAAAGGCAAACAAACUUAUUAAGGAAAUCGAAAGAAACUGUGAGGAAAAAAUCACAAGAAACAGAGAUGAAGUAGAGAGUUAUUUGAUGCGUGUUAAGGAGGAGCAAAACACAAUGAUUUCCAAAAUUCGGGAGGACUGUGAUCAGAAGGAAAAAAUUAUGCUUGCUCGUCAUAGAGAAGAGUUGCAACUGAUUCAGCUUCAUGCAGAGAAUGAAAUGAGGGAGAAAACAUCAUCCCUGAGGAAGGAACACGAAAUUCAAAUGAAAUCUUUAAAGAUGCAGUAUGAUGAUGUACACAAAAAACUGGAAGAAGACUUGGAGAUGCAAAAGUCUAAGGAGGAGAAACAGAGAAAAUUACUACAAUUGCAAUGGAAAGUAAUGAGUGAAAAUCAACAGGACAAUCAAGAAGUGGACUCUAAGAAGGAGUAUUCUGCUUCAUCAAUCAAAAUGAGGAAUACUUACAGGGUGAAAGGACAUGAUGUUGUCUUGCCAACUCCUGAGAGUGAAAGAAAGGAAAUGAACCUAUCUGAAUAUAUGCAAACACCCAUGUCGAACCUGCUGAAGAAAGUAGAUUGCGGUAAAACUGUGCCUAAACACCGAAAGGUGACUCGACAUGAAUAUGAAGUUGAGACAUCAAAUGGUCAGACAAUUAUGAAACGCCGAAAAACUAAGAGCACUGUCAUGUUUAGGGAUCCAAGUUCUCAUAAGACAAUGCAUGGAAGGACUCCAAAUUCAAAUAAGAACGUCUCUCAAAUGACGAAGAUCACAAGUGGACCUCAAUCCCAUCCUGACAAUAUACGUGAUUUGUUUGCUGAAGGCUCUUUGAAUCCUUACACAGAUGAUCCUUAUGCCUUUGGGUGAAAGGCAAAUCUACAUUGAUGCACUUUUGUAUUCUCUUCUAUCUUUUCUGAAGGUUGCCAGGAAGCACCCCCACAAGCAUAUCAUCUCUUCAACACGCUCCAGUGAAAACUUGUCCGGAUCUAAGAAGCUUGCUACAAAAAAUCUAUUCAAUUUGUUGAUUUUUUUUUUCGUCUAUUGCAGAGCUCCCAAAACUUUCUUAUCUGCACAAUUUAUCAGAGAGAUUUAUAUUGAUUUUCAUCUGUGAUGCAUUAAUGCUUGCUUUUGUAAAUGUAUCACUGAUAUGUCGUUCCCCGGCACUUGUAUACAGUAGGCGGGUCAAACCGCAUCCUUCUUACACCGCCUAAGGGAGGGGCCCACGUUCAAUUUAUUUGAAUUUAAUUAA